AUGAACCGCGAGGGGGCUCCCGGGAAGAGUCCGGAGGAGAUGUACAUCCAGCAGAAGGUGCGGGUGCUGCUCAUGCUGAGGAAGAUGGGAUCCAACCUGACGGCCAGCGAGGAGGAGUUCCUGCGCACCUACGCGGGCGUGGUCAACAGCCAGCUGAGCCAGCUGCCGCAGCACUCCAUCGACCAGGGUGCAGAGGACGUGGUGAUGGCGUUUUCCAGGUCGGAGACAGAGGACCGGAGGCAGUAG